AUGCGCCCGGCUCUUGUUCCCGCUAUUAGCGGUGCCUGCUCUAGGAACUGGAAACGGACGGACCAGCCCCCCCUACCACCUUAUCCACGAGGGCCAAUCGAUUCGCCGGAUGGAGCCCCAGGAGGGCAUCGCGCCCGUCUUCGCGGUAUAGCCUCUUACCAGCUUGCGACUCGCCUCCAGUGCUCAAGCGACUUUCUCGCUCCGUCAAUGCCGUGCGUCCUGGGGCGCGUUGCGGGCACCGGCCCUGCUUGUGGCGGACUUGACAUCCUCCGGAGCCGCUGCGCCGGUACUUGCUGCGACAUACCAGGUCGGCGAGCCGAUGCUUUCUCACCCGUCGGUUUCGACCGCCUUGUGAAGAGCCUGCCGCCGGGGCCUGCGCGCCCUUUUGAAAGCAGCGAGGCGUUGCUCUUUGCCGCCGCGUCGCUGUUGAUCCGGCCCUCGUACAAAAGAAGCAGUUUCGCUGAUUCAGCUGCCGUAUCCCUUGAGGGCGUCCGAGGAACCACCGCGCGCAGUCACUCCACACAAGACCAUGGAUGUUUUAGCCACGCAGACAACCGUUCGCCGGCAUGCGUGUUGGAGACGCCAAACAUCCGCGCUGUCAUUUGCGCACCGCGUUAG